GAGAAUUUGAAGCCGAGGAAGCACCGUACCUAAGUCGGGGCUUCCGCUUCAACAAUUCACAUGUACGCAUAGCCUAAAACACCAAAAUCCAGUAUGGAAAUCGAGAAUAUCGAGGAAGCGCAAGUCACGGCCGUCUCCACUGAGGGAAGCAAUUCUGUGGCAGUAGAAAUUAAUGAAGCAGCUGGGAUUCGAGAAUUCACCGCGCAGGAACUAGCCAAAAUAGAACAACAUAUAACGUGGUAUUCACAAGACGCCUUAAAGUUGAAAGAAGAAGCCUCCCGCGAAAACACUCGCUGCAUCUAUAGAGUCCUCCCGAAGCAAAAGGAGAUCAACGGCAACUUGUACAAGCCAAGCACCGUCUCCAUCGGGCCUUACCACUACGGAGACAGUGACCUCAGGGCCAACGAAGAGUACAAGUGGCGCUGCCUCGGUUCCUUGCUCGCCAAGACCCAAUCCGUAGGCGAAACCUAUAAGCAAUACUUGAAAGAAAUAGCCCAACUUGAAGGGCAAAUCAGAGAUUGUUAUUCUGAAGAGAUCGAUCUCGAUGAAUUCCUCGAAAUGAUUGUUCGUGAUGGUUGUUUUAUAAUAGAGUUGUUUCGCACGUUUGGCAGUCAUAGACCCCCGGAGGAACCUCUCACCACCAUGGAAUGGAUAUUACCGUAUGUUUACAGAGACUUUCUCCUGCUUGAGAAUCAGCUCCCUUUCUUCGUUCUGGAAACGUUAUUUGAGAUUACCAGGAUGCCUGCAGACGGCGACCUUCCGUCCUUGUUCGUGCUUGCUUUGCGAUUCUUUCAAAAGGCAAUGAGAGUACCUGACGAAUUCAUCGACAGGUCCGCGUCCGCCAAUCUCAGGCCCUUGCAUUUGCUGGACUUGGUCCGGUCUAGCUUAAUCCCAGCCGAUCUAGUGCCACCAAAUAGUGUGCGCUACCCAGGGACCCAAGUUUUUCCCUGCGUCUCGAAGCUCCGUAGUGCGGGGAUUGAGAUCAGGCCGGGCCAGGCAGAGAGUUUCUUGGUGGUGAAGGUGGAGAACCGUGUGAUUGAGAUGCCCAGCAUAGCCAUGAACGACUUCAUGAAAUAUCUCUUGUUCAACUGCGUGGCAUUCGAGCAGUGCCACAAGAGGAUUACGAAGCACUUGAGCGUUUACGCCACUUUCCUGCACUGCCUUGUGAACACAGACAAUGACUUUGAUUACCUAUACGAGCGCAAAGUGUUUUACCUUGGGGCUGACGCAGAGCUUACGGGCUUCAUCAACAAGUUGGGGAAGGACUUGUUGUUUGAUAUUGAUUCUUGUUAUUUGUCCAAGUUGUUCAAUGAUGUUAACCAGUUUUAUCGGAUAUGAGGAGGUACUAUUGGAAGUGGGCGACCUUCAAGCGUGAAUAUUAUGACAAGCCUUGGUUGUUCAUUUCGGCAAUUCUUGCCUUUGUCCUCCUACUGCUUACUAUAACGCAGACCGCCAUCGCCAUCCUCACAUAUUUAAAAAAAAAACACUCCCCUCUGCCUUCCUCCUCCAUACCCUAAUAACUAGUCUUUUGUAAAGAUUAUUAGAGGAUCGUGGAUUUUAGGCGUACUUGUGAAGCUCUUGUUGUUUUCUUUGUCACUACUGUUAAUCGAUUUACUGGCUGUCGUCGUGGGAGUUAA